AUGGGUCCCGAGUGGCUUGUAAAGAUCGGCGAUUUUGGCAUGAGCAAGCGCAUCAAUGAGAAUAGCAGCCUGCGCACCAUACGGGGCACACAAGCCUUCUUGGCUCCUGAGAUGCAGGGUAUUCUACCCCCAGAGGAAGAAGAAGAAGCAAGCCUGAACUACCAUUAUACGGAGAGCGUCGACAUGUGGGCGCUUGGUGUUACCAUUUUCUAUCUGCUAUUCCGCGAUUAUCCAUUUACCUUGAAGCAGCCGAGUAAGCUGCCUCGAUACAUUUGGGGCGCCAAUUUCCCCUUCCCAAUAUCUCCGUCCCAAAAGCUCAGCCAAGAAUGUUGCAGCUUCAUAGAGGCGGUGAUGGCACGGAAUGCCCGGGAAAGGCUAUCCGCGAGGAAGGCAUUGGAGAGUGAUUGGCUUAUGCAAUGCUAUUCCAGCCCUGCUCCGAGUCCUUCUGCAAGUCCAUCCCCGGAGACGACUGUUUUGAAUAUCCCAGCCAGAGAAAGUUCUCGCCACACGUCUUUCUCGAUAGAAAGGCCAGAUAGCUCCUCAACGUGGUUGGCACACGGAGCUGGAGGCGAUAUAUACUUUGACUCGGAGGCGAUAAUCAACCCCGAGCCAGAUAGGUCACCGGAUUUUGACAUUACUACUGGAAUAUCGAGAGUUACUGCUGCGCCGCCAUCGGUUGACACUUCUCAGAUUUCUCAAAGUCCGUCUUCUAGACAUCAAGAGAUAACCCCGACAGAUGUCAUCAGUUCAACCAACAAUCCCAUUACAGUCGUUCCUUCUUUACAAAACAAAAUGAAAGAGGCAUCUUUGGUUAAAAGGUUCUCGUGGGAGUCUCUGUCAAUGGAAACUCUAUCCGGAGAAAGCGACAACGAUGAGACCCGCGCGAAGCUCCAUGAUCUUCAAGCACAAGGGAUGAAGAUGCUUAAAGAAAACAACUAUGACCAGGCAGAAAACCUUCUGCAACAGGUUCUGAAUGUACGGGAGCAGAUAUUUGGAACAAAACAUGAAGCAACGCUGGAAGUAUAUCACACGCUUGGGGCACUCUGGUAUAAGAGGAUGCAGCACUCCACGGCGCACACGCUUUUUGCGCUUGCAGCACACGGGCGAAAGGAGACAAUCGGACCAAAACAUCCGGAUACCCUGAGCUCAUUUUACUGGCUUGGAGAUACAAAGUCUGAGCUUGGAUUAUUCGAAGAGGCCGAGCUGGUUCUGAAACAGAACGCUGAGGACCGGGCCAGUACUAUUGGAUUCAACAACCCAAAAACCCUUCAAACAAAUCACAUGCUUGGGCUCUCUCUCUGGGCCCAACAAAAAUGGAAUGAGGCGAUAUCUGUCCUUGGACCAGUGGCAGAGAAAAGACGAGAUACCUUGGGAGAGACUCAUCCAGACACCGUGAGCUCUAUUUUUUGGACCGGCUACUCCUUCUACAAGCUCGGACUGUACGAAAAGGCGCUGGUAGUCUUGGAAGAAGCAGCUGCCAUUCAAAAGAUAAGCCUGGGCUCUUCAAACGAGGAAACUGUUCGAACGAUAUCUGUUAUUGGCCGCUCCCUCUACCACCUAGAGAGAUGGGAGAAAGCAAGAGCCGUUUUACAAGAAGCGGCUUCAUUGAACCAACUUCCGAAGCCAACUGGAACUACAUUGCAUGUUUUAUACCUACUUGGUCGCUCUCUUUUAUAUUUGAAAAGGUACGAGGAGGCGAGCCGUGCACUCCAGGAGGCAGCAGAAGGGCAGAAAAGAGUUCUCGGACCAACGCACCCUGAAACAUUAUGGUCCUUGUACAGGCUUGGCCGAUCAUUUCAGUACUUGGACCGAUUUGUGGAGGCCGAGGCCGCUUUCCAGCAAGCAGUGAAGGGUGGGGCUGAGACUUUUGGACAGGAUCAUCCUGAGACGUUGAGCUCUGUAUACAGGCUUGGAGUUUCACAAUACAAGUUGAAAUUGUUUGACGAAGCCAAAGAUUCAUUGCAACAGGCAGUGAAGGGACAGCUAAAAACACUUGGACCCAACGAUAUGAACACUUUGGACUCCCAAUUUUGGCUCGGCUGCUCACUUUAUUCCCUGAAACUGUACGAUCAAGCUGAAGCCACAUACCGCGAGACCUUGGCACGGGAAAUCGAGGUUUAUGGACGCGCUCGUUCAAGUACUUUGGCUAGCAUUGAUUCACUUGUGUGGGCAUACUAUCGCGAUGAGAGCUAUCUCAAGGCGGAGAAGCUUGCUGAGCUAUUGGUUGAACGUAGUAUGGAAACAAACGGGCCCAUGGAUACAAGAACGCUGCAAGCAAAGAGGAUUCUGGCUCUGACGCUUCAAGAGGAGGGACACAUGGAACGUGCAUCAUUGUUACACAGUGAAGUCUUGCAUUAUAGAUUCGAGGCUCUAGGAGCGCAGCACAAAGAUACGUGCCAGAGCAGUUGGGAACUUGGGAAGUGUCAUUCUGAAAUGUCAGAAAUUGAGCGAAUGAGAGUGGACGAGCGAAUGAGCGUCGACGAGCGAAUGAGAGUGAACAAUAUACGGUACCUGUCAAGAGGGUAUUACUCAACAGAAGCAUUGAGAGAAUCACCUGCAGAGGAAGGCAAGAACGAGAAGAGGAACUGGACCGAUGCGUGGACGCGAGUGAAACGAAGGAUGAGCAAGGCCGAUGGAAUAUUUUAA